UGCAGCAGAAGAAGAGAAGCUCCCAUCAGAUCACCUUCAAUAGCAACCAUGUUCUCUGUAGCUCUGCUGCUGCUGCUGGCUGCUGGAUCCUGUGUUGAUGGUCAGACUCUGACAGAAUCUGAACCAGCGAUUAAAAGACCUGGAGAAUCUCACAGAUUGACCUGUACAGCCUCUGGGUUCAAUUUAGGCAGCUAUCACAUGGCCUGGAUCAGACAGGCUCCUGGAAAAGGACUGGAGUGGAUUGCCUGGAAUAGUAACGGUGGCACAAAAUACUACUCUCAGUCAGUCCAAGGCCGGUUUACCAUCUCCAGAGAUGACAGCAGACAGCAGCUGUAUCUGCAGAUGAACAGUCUGAAGACUGAAGAUUCUGCUGUUUAUUAUUGUGCUCGAGAGCCACAGGGUGACUAUGCUUUCGACUACUUGGGCCGUGGGACUGUAGUCACAGUAACAGAUACUACAACUGCACCGACUCUGUUCCCUUUGGUUCAGUGCAAACCUGGGGCUGCAGAUACAAUCACUGUUGGCUGUCUUGCUCAAGACUUCUACCCAAAGAGUCUUACUUUACAGUGGACCGAUGCCAGUGGGAAAAGCCUUGCUACAGCUGUACAAUAUCCUCCAGCUGAGAAAAACAACAAAUAUACAGGAGUCAGUUUGCUCACUGUAUCAAAAUCUGAAUGGGAUUCAUGGAGCUCUUUUACUUGUUCUGUGACUCACCCUGGAACGCCCCCCCCCGUGACACUGUUAAAAAAGGCCUCAUUGCCUGUCAAAAUGGAACUGAACCAACCAAGUCCCAAAGAAAUCUUUAGCAACAACCAGGCAAAGUUGAAGUGUAUCGUUACUGGACUGGACCAGAAUGUUGUAGAUCAAAUUCAAAUCACUUGGAAUAUCGAUGGAUCCCCUGUGACCAACAACAUCACACCAACACAGUCGGGAGUCAGCACAAUGACUCUUACCCGCACUGAGUGGUACAAAGUCAACAACGUGGGCUGUUCUGCCACAAAAGACGAUAUGACACCAGUUAUUCAAGAUCUGACUUUCCGCAAAGGAGAUGGGAGCGAGCCAAAAGUAACAGUCCACAUCCUCCCAGAUGAGGACAUCAUCGAUGAGGUCACUCUGGUGUGCCUGGUGUCCAAUCCGGUGCAGCAAGAUUACUACAUCGCCUGGUCAGAACAUAUUGGAACAAACCCCCCCAUCUAUACUGAUGGCAUUAACUUCAGCCAAGUGAAGACCCAACAAGGCUACUCAGUUGCAAGUAUUUACACCACCACCAAAGACAAGUGGAACAACUCCACCAUGUUCUCCUGCCACGUAUGGCCUGGUAGAGGCGAAACGCCUAUUAAAUCCAGAGAUGUGUCUAAGGCCAUGAGUAGCCCCAUUGAAUGUGAGAAAUAGUAGAUUCAGCUUUAAAUGUGGCAGUUUGUGCUAAUGUGUUGUUCUGUCUCUGUGUGUACUCUCUGCCAUGAGAACCUGUCUUUGUGAUUGUAAAACGGUCAAUUUACUAUUGUUUGUCAUAUUGUGUUUCAAUCUGUCUACGUCACAUUGUCUA